CCCGGCCCGGCCGCCGCACGGGCACCAUGCCGGCCGCGACAUGAGCCCCGAGCCGGAGCCGCCGCCAGCCCCGGCCUGGCAGGCGGAGGAGGACGAGGAGGAGCCGCCGCCGCCGCCAUCGUCGUCGUCAUCGUCGUCGGAGGGCGGCGGUGGCGGCGCCAGGUGGGGCGGCUGCAUCAUGCUGGUGCGGCGGGUCGGCCUCAAGGCGGGCGGCGGCGCGCAGCAAGGUGUUGGCCGGCCAAGCGUGUAUCAUGCGGUGGUGGUCAUAUUUCUGGAAUUCUUUGCCUGGGGGCUCUUGACAACUCCAAUGCUAACAGUCUUACAUGAAACAUUUCCCCAUCAUACAUUCUUAAUGAAUGGUCUUAUUCAAGGUGUUAAGGGUUUUUUGUCCUUUCUCAGUGCUCCACUAAUAGGUGCUCUCUCAGAUGCAUGGGGAAGGAAAUCUUUCCUUCUCCUUACAGUUUUCUUCACCUGUGUCCCGAUUCCAUUAAUGCGAAUAAGCCCUUGGUGGUACUUUGCAAUGAUUUCGGUAUCCGGAAUCUUUUCUGUUACCUUCUCUGUCAUAUUUGCCUACGUAGCUGAUGUGACACAAGAGCACGAAAGAACUACAGCCUAUGGACUGGUAUCAGCCACCUUUGCAGCAAGUUUGGUGACCAGUCCUGCCAUUGGAGCGUACCUGUCUGCCAGCUACGGGGACAGCCUUGUCGUGCUGAUGGCCACGCUGGUGGCUGUCGGGGACAUCUGCUUCAUCCUGCUGGCUGUACCAGAAUCUCUGCCAGAAAAAAUGAGACCUGCUUCUUGGGGAUCUUCUAUUUCGUGGGAGCAGGCAGAUCCUUUCGCUUCUCUGAAAAAGGUUAGAAAAGAUUCUGCGGUUCUCCCGAUUUGCAUUACAGUGUUUCUCUCCUACCUGCCUGAGGCCGGCCAGUAUUCCAGUUUCUUUCUGUACUUGAGACAGAUCAUAGGUUUCGGAUCUGGUAGCAUUGCGGCGUUUAUAGCUGUGGUUGGCAUUUUGUCCAUAAUAGCUCAGACUGUGUUUCUCAGUAUCUUGAUGAGGUCCAUAGGGAACAAAAACACAGUUCUCCUUGGCCUUGGGUUUCAAAUCUUUCAGCUGGCUUGGUAUGGUUUUGGAUCUCAGUCUUGGAUGAUGUGGGCAGCAGGAGCUAUAGCAGCGAUGUCAAGCAUCACGUUCCCAGCAAUCAGUGCUCUGGUUUCACAAAAUGCAGAGGCAGAUCAACAGGGUGUUGUCCAAGGAAUAAUAACUGGAAUAAGAGGACUGUGCAAUGGCCUGGGACCAGCACUGUAUGGCUUUAUUUUCUUUCUCUUUCACGUGGAACUGAAUGAAUUACUACCUGAUCAUACUUCUGGAAAAAAAGCAGUGCAAGCUCCCAGUGACAAGAGAGCCAUCGUUCCUGGUCCGCCCUUCCUGGUUGGAGCGUGCGUCGUUCUCCUGGCUCUCCUCGUCGCCUUAUUCAUUCCCGAGAACAGCAAAGCUAGCGGUACCAAAAAACACAGCAACAGCUUCGGCAGCAGUCUGAGCAGCAGCAACCUAGACCAAAGUAACGGAGAGGACGUUGAACCACUGCUGCAAGACAGCAGCGUCUGAAGGCUGAGCUCCAGGGGGGACUUGUGGAACGAAUUUGUGCCCUGAGCUACAGCUCUGGGA